UGUAUUUGUGAACUAGAGAAGUAGAUCAUUUUCAUUUUUGGUUCUUCUCCUCUUUUCCAUAUCUCUCUGCAAAAGUCCAUCUUUCUCUCUCUCGCACCUACCAAACUUUUAUUACCUCAAUUAUCAUUUUUCAUUAUUGCAAUCCCAAUUUGUCUAAUUUCCUUUCAUAUUCUUCUUCAAGGUCGCGUUUUUGUGAUUGAUCAACACUCACAAUUGGCUCACCCAUUGUUUCUUUCAAAAAAUCACCAAACUCUGUUUUGAUCAGACAUGUCGACAAACAAUGACGUAACAGGCAAAGUCAUUGUGAUUAUGGGCGUAAGCGGAGCAGGCAAAUCUACCAUAGGAAAGAUGUUGGGAACAGCACUAUCUUGCGACUUUCUUGACGCUGACGAUUUCCACUCUUCAUCAAACAGAGAUAAAAUGCGCCAAGGCAUUGCUCUUUCAGAUGAAGACCGGAUGCCAUGGCUCGAAAAAAUACAAGAGAGUUUGCGAGAACGUUUGCUCAAUGGACAAACCGUUGUUCUCGCGUGUUCUUCGUUGAGAAAGCAGUACAGAGAAAUCUUGAGAGGCUCUGAUCCUGAUUACAAACCGGGAAGCUAUUCGAGUUGCAAGGUGAAGUUUGUGUUGCUGGAAGGCAAUGCAGAGGUGAUCGCUGCUCGGUUGCAGAAGAGAGCUUCGGAGGGUGAACAUUUCAUGCCUCUCACUCUUCUCCGGUCUCAAUUUGAUCUGCUUGAAGCUGAUGACUGUGAAAAGAUAUUCAAAGUCAGUGUGGUUCUCAGUCCUGAAGUUAUAGUUAAUUCAGUUCUUGAAUUGGUAUCCAAUGAUCUGAACUCUUGAGAAAGAUUUAUUAAAUUAUCGGCCCAUUGUUUAUUAAUAUUCAUCUUUGUAUUCAACAUGUACUACCCAAUAAAUAACUUUUAAAAAAACUAUCAUUGUGAGUAAGAAUGUAUUUUGAGCAA